AUGACGACAAGGUCAUUCUUCUCUUCUCUCGGAAUCUCUACGACUUCUAGCAGAUGGAUCCAAUUCUCUUCCAUCUGCACUUCUUCAAUCUCCCUCCUUACAAAAUGCCCAGUUCAAAUGACUCAACAACAACAACCUCUCUUCCUUCUAAAAUCCAUCACAGAUUACAACCACAUGAAACAGUUUUUAGGACACAUUAUCACCAAUAACAUAGCUAUUGACGAAUUUUCAUUAAUGAAGCUCAUCGAUCUGUCUUUUUCCUCCUCUGGGUCCGAUGUCUCCGCGCAUCUAUUCACUCAGUUCCAAGAUUUCAUCAAUUCUGAAAUCUGCACCUCCAUGAUCCGAUCGUUUACACACUCAAAUAAGCAUUUCCUAUCAAUUUUUGUAUAUAUCAUGAUGCAUAAGUAUGGAUAUGUUCCUGAUUCUUCCACCUUUCCAGCUGUGCUCAAGUCUACAGCUCAAGUAUGCCGUCGGAGGUUCGGGAAAUCAGUACAUGCAUACAUUUUUCAAACGGGUUUUAACUCGGAUGUCUUCACAAAUACCGCCCUCGUGCAUAUGUAUGCAACCUGCACGUCUAUUGGAGAAGCUCGACGAUUGUUUGAUGAAAUGCCCGUAAAGAAUUCUGUUUCAUGGAAUGCGUUAAUAACCGGUUAUACCCAUAACAGGAAAUUUAGGGAAGCAAUAAGUACGUUUCGGGAGAUGCAGAUAUCUGGGUUUGAACCUGGCGAGGUAACCAUGGUUGGAGUGCUUUCCGCAUGCGGCCAUUUGGGGGCUCUAAAUCAGGGGAAAUGGAUUCAUGAUUAUAUAGUUCAGAAGAGGCUGAGGUUAAAUGUGUUUGUAGGCACUGCUCUUAUUGACAUGUAUGCUAAAUGUGGUGUUGUUGAUGAAGCUGAAAAGGUUUUCGGAGCAAUGAGAGUAAAGAACGUCUACACAUGGAACGUUUUGAUCUCUGGGUUUACCAUGAAUGGUCAAGGUGAAGCUGCUCUGCAGGCAUUCUCCAGGAUGGUCAUGGAGAAUUUUAAGCCAGAUGGAGUUACUUUGUUAGCUGUCUUAUGUGCCUGUUGUCGCCAAGGUCUUAUAAAGGAAGGUAGGAGGUAUUUUGUCAGCAUGGAGAAAGAAUAUGGGUUAAGACCAGGGAUUGAGCAUUAUGGAUGUAUGGUUGACCUUCUCGGUCGAGCUGGCUUCUUGAAUGAAGCUCAGGAGCUUAUCCGAACAAUGCCCUAUAAACCAGACCCUGUUGUUUGGAGGGCACUUCUAGGUGCAUGCAGAAUCCAUGGAAGCACCCAGUUGGGUGAGGUAGCAAUUAGAAACCUUCUUGGUCUAGAGCCAAACAAUGGGGAAAACUAUGUUUUGCUAUCAAAUCUAUAUGCUCGAGGUCAUAGAUGGACUAAGGUUGGUGAAGUGAGAGAUAUGAUGAAUCGUAAGGGAAUUCGAAAGAUACCUGGGUGCAGUUCUAUUGAAGUUGAUGAUGCAGUGUAUGAGUUUGUGGUCUCAAAUAGCUUAGACGUCGAAUUGGGGGAGGUUUAUAAUAUGUUGGCUGAUAUGAAAAAUGAAAUGAAAUUGGCUGGUUAUGUUGCAGAAACUGAGAUGGUUUCUUAUGAUAUCGAGGAAGAGGAGAAGGAAAAUUCCUUGAUGUAUCACAGUGAGAAGCUUGCCUUAGCCUUUGGGCUUCUAAAAACUUCUUCGGAUUCUACCAUAAGGAUAGUGAAGAAUUUGAGGAUUUGUAAGGACUGCCAUGGCUUUUGUAAGAUAGUCUCAAAGAUCUACAAAAGGAACAUUGUUGUUAGAGAUAGGAACCUAUUCCACCAUUUUGCUGGGGGUCUUUGUUCUUGCAAGGAUUAUUGGUGA